AUGUCUUCAGCCUCAUUCGACCAAGCUGCCUCCGACCAGCCAAUUCUUGUACAAGAACAACAGCAGCCGCAUCCAAGGAACUCAAUCGACAAGAAAGGCAAAAGGAGAAUGUCGGCGGAGAACAACUUUGACCAGAGCAACAACACAUCGCCCAGCAAUGGCCAUGACUCGCGGAGGAGUUGCGAGAAAGGUAGAAUGCGGGGCCCUUCGGCAUUUUCGCGUCUCCCCAAAGAGAUAAUGCAGCAGAUCCUCUUCUUCGUCUCCCCCAACGAAUUUGACUCCUUGACCCUUAUAAACUCCUCGUGGUAUCAGGCGUCCCGAUCAUGUUUACUAUACGCCCGUCAGCUGUCACAAUGCGGUGUCGUCGUUUCCAAGGAUAUCGAAGACACCCCAGAGAAUCUCGUAUCGCUCAUUCAUCAGUUCGGUCGCGCUUCGCGAAGAGGCUUGUUCGAAUCUAUGCUCCGCCCGGAAACAACAGAGAUCCAGUUGAUAUGUCGCAGUUUGUCAUCCUCUGCCGCUGUACCCGGAGGCGAAGUUUUCAAAUACGAAUUUUCACCAAAGGGAACACACUUGGUGGCUAUUUCUUCUUCGAGGAUGGUGGUUAUCGAUACUGCGACAUCUUCCAAGGAGUUACCUUUGACUAUCAAACGUGAACUGAAGAUCCUACGAAGGCCGAUCAGCGCUGCUAUAUUGGAUAAUGGAACAGUCAUGGCAGUUCUUUCGACAGAACACAAAGUCAAUAUCUACAACCUGGAGGAGAAGAAGAUCAAAAGGGUGAAAUCGUUAGAUCUAGACAAUGCACCUCGAGCUAUAGCACUAGCUCCUGAUGGUACUGUCCUGGCCGUAGCAUAUGAUGGAGGAGUUGAGGUUAUUUCACUUUCCCCGGGUUUCGAACAAAAACGAGCUGUCAAAUGUGACCUCGUUGAUACACUUUGCUUCUCACUGGACGGGACGGUCCUAAUCGGAUCAACUUUGAACUCGGGAAGCCCAGCUACUGUGGUCAUUUCGGCACCAUACUUCUCAGAUGUUAUGGUUGCUACGGAAUCGUUGGUUCAGAUGUGGACGACGCAGAUCCUGUUUCCCACGACGUCGAGAGACAUCUCGCAUGCUACACUACUAACUCACCACGGCGAUAAUUCCUCAUGGACAUUUACGUACGACAAGGCGUUCGCUGCUUUCCGGGCUGUCCGCGUCGACGAUCUAAGAAAUGGGCAUACCUACUUUUCGACACCAAACACUAGCCCAUUGCCGCCGACUAUGAUACCAGCUCCAAGCGCUGAUGGUAGGGUUGUGGCCUCAGGAUUCAGUACGAACUCGGUGUGGAUCUAUGGAAUCCCAUCAGAUUUGGAGAACCCCGUGGAAUCAACAGCCGAAGGCAGUGGGAGUAACUCUCGGAACAGCCUCAUGAUCGGAGCCACAUUUGUACCGUGGCAGCAUUCCGUUGAACGAAGUAGAAAUAAUUUCGUUCAAGGCAAGUUGGUUGGGGAGGUGUCGGGUUUGGUUGGGCUAAAAUUUUCUAUGACCAGCAAGGGUGAAAGACUGAUCGCAGUUGCUGCUGGUAUUAAAAGCGAGGAACAUGACGAAGGCCCGGAACCUGAAAUAUUGGAAGGUGGCCGAGUGAUUCUAUACAAUUUUUCAAGAAGUCCAAGCACAGGGGAGCGGAAGGUCAUAACUGUUGACGUAGGAGAUGGCUCGAACGUUGAAUUAGAGCAGCUUGAGGAACAGCAAAAUGAUAUCGAGGCAGAAGUUAACAUCGUUCGACGCCGAACGGUGGCUCAAAGACAGAGGCUUUCUGUUGUGGGGCCUGUACCGCCUGUACCUCCACUGCCUAGUGCGGUACCACUUACCUCGCACGCCAACUCAUCUUCGACGAGCAUUGCUACGACACCGACUGUCUCCCGCCAAGGAACAGAUGUAUCCCAUCACGAGGAGGAAGAAGACGGUGUAUCAUUGAGCGAGGCGAUUGAAUGGUCAUACUCGCAUACUGAUACUCGGUCCCAUACUAUUCUUCAGCGGGCGGCCACAGCUGCACGAGCUAAUGCGGAACGUACACCCCGUCGCAGGCCAGACGCAGCCCCAGGUCCGAAUUUCGCUGUCACGAAUUAUCGCCUUCUCGGCCUUCGCGAGGAGGAAUGGGUGGAGCCACCCCCGCCAUAUGUUGAGAAGCUCACUGCGGUACCGCUCUACGACUACGAGGCUAGGCUUUUAGAACGUGCUAGGAGUAUGGGUAUCCUGAACCCUAAUGAGCGAGUCCGCCGGCGAAGUAGCGGAGGUGAAUUAGAUAUCGAUAGAAGGGAACGUGAUCCUCUGGCUUCUGGAGCUUCAAGUCCUAGGCUCCGACGGAACGUUCCGAGCUUGAGGAUUACAAGUCCUGUGAGUCCUGGCGGUGGCGGCCUUUCUCGAAACGGGUCCGUUAGCGCCGGACCAAGCACAACUUUUCAAGGUUUCAACUUCACGGAUGGGUCAUAUACCAACAUGGGAACGCCACCAGCUACCAGUUCUAGCUUUAUGACGGAGCAAAGACGACCUUCAACUGCACAAUCUCUUUCUCGCAGGAACUCUAUCCAACGCGAACCACCUGGUGGUAUACUAUCAACGAUCAACGACACGGAGAUAUCGUAUUCCCCUCCUAGUCCACAACCAUCCCGUCGUAGUAUGGAAUCCCAAUACUCUGUGCCCCCAGCACAACCAUACGCGCAACCUCAAAGAUCGACAACUCCAACUAUGGGCCGACAGGAAUCCCCAACCCAAUAUCACAGCCGCCCGAGGCCACGGGAUCCCGAAAGUAUGCCGCAAAGAGUCUUUUUCGACGAGAGAUCGCCGUCUAUCCCGCCCGUGCCAGCAAUCCCAACUCAGUACCGCUCAAACUCUAUGCCCUUAGAACAGAAUGCAACGCCAACUCCAGGCCUCCAACAGCGAGCCCAUACCGAGCGUCCACAAUCGGCGAUGUACUCACAUCCCGCUCCCUUUGCACAGCAGUCAAAUAAUAGUGUUACAUCACUACCAAACUUUGAUACAAGUCGGCCGUCAAGAACAACAGUAUCACCACGAGCAGCUAGGAUUCAUCCCCAGCCUAGCACCCCACCUGCGGCACAAACGCAGUUUCAGACCUCCUCGCCCUCGCGGCCCGUAUCUGCGUCCCAACGCCCAUCACAGGCACAGCAAGCACAGGUAUCCCCACAAACACCGCAACAAUCUGGUCAGCUGCUUCUCCCUUUGAUUUCUCGCCUUCCUUCCCAUCGUUACAGCAGACAGAGUGAAGCGCCAUCUAGCCCAGCACUUUCGAUUCCUUCCACGACCUCUGCCUCCCAGCCAGUAACUCCAAUAACACCUUUGGGGCUCCCUGCCACAUCUGCAACAGCACCAGUAACACCAAUUACUCCUCGUAACGUCACCUCGAAUCCUCGAGGAAUGAUCCCCGUCUCAGCCAUGGUAGCCCAACCAGGACCUCCACCAGGAAGCUCAGGAUCCACGCACAGCAACUCUUCAGUCGGGCACCCGCAAUUCAGAACCGCAAUAACAGGUGGGAACCACAGGAACACCCUAUCUCUCACCGUCUCCCCACCGCCACCUCAAGCAGGAACCUCCACAGCGUCUACUACUCCUGCUCAACCGACUGCAAAUACCAAUACCCGUAGCGCCGGCACUCAACGCUCCAGAUCGCGUGGACGCCGAAGCCAGCACGGCCCUGCGACGGGAUAUGUCAACCCGGCGUUUAUGACCGUUCCCAAUGGUCCACCGGGACCAGCCCAAGUAGCAUAUGCGCCAAACGUCACUGGUGAACGUCCACUCCCAUCACCAGGCCGCCGAGCGAGCCGACGAUCCCCACUUCAUGGCGGGUUCUACGCUCAAGGUGCACCGGGGACUCCAGGUGCGAGCAAUUCAUCAGUAAACAAUCUCGCCCGUGGGAACAGUCGUGCAGAAAGGUCAGCAACCCGAGCUGCCUCGAUGAAGAAGAAGAAGGGCUGGGGAAGGAAAGGGAAGGAAAAGAGUGCUGGUGCAAUGAUGAUGGAGAAUAAUCGUGCUGCAGCAGCGGCUAACCAUAGCCAAGGUGGAAAUAUUUCCGCAUACUCUGAGAAUAGCAGUCGAGGAAGAAGUCAAGUUGCCGGCGGAGGUGGGGUGGAUGAGGGUUUCGAGGUUGUCAGAAAGGGCACUGGGAACGAAGGUGGUAUUUCUGAGAAGGCGAGCUGUUCGAUUAUGUAA